AUGUCUUCCCCCGCCCCCAAAGCUCCGCCAAAGCUGGGCUCCAAAGCCGGCACCCCGGCCAGAGCCCGCAAAGCCUCCGGCUCCAGCGCAGCCUCCAAACCCAGCGCCCCGGCGACCCCCAAGUCCACGAAGAAAGCCACACCCCGCAAACUCUCCCAAAAAGCCCCCGAACCAAUCGAGGACGACGAAGAAGAGCAAUCGAUUCCCGAAACUCCCUCUCCCAAGUCAAAGAAGAAGACCGAGCAGCGUCGCCCCGUUUCUCCUCCCGAUGACGCCUCAGAGGCCCCUUCUGCUUCCGGUUCCGCUGCACCGCUCGGCCGCGCUGCUUCGGGCCUCUCUGGCAAGGCCAAGAGCGCUGUCGGCAAGGCCAAGGACACCGCAGAGCAAGGCGCAGAGCAAGGCGCAGAGCAAGGCGCAGAGACUGUUCAGAAUGGCGCGAAGGAGGCUGCUGGUAGCAUUCCUGUGCCGUUGGAUCUGGCUGCGCUGAAGGGCCUUGAGGUUGUGGAUGGCGGAGAGAUCCUUAGCCAAGAUGGAACCCCUAUUGGCAAGGUUGUCGAGGGAGAUCCGGAGGAUCUCGUUGGACAGACCGUUGGCGAUGAUGGAGAAAUCAUCGACGAGGAUGGUGAUUUGAUUGGUCGCGUUGAUAUCCUGCAUGAUGUCGCAGACAAGGCCAAGGAUGCUGUUCCUGAAGAGGCGCAGUCCAAGCUUGGAGAAGCUGAUCUGGAAAAUGUUGUUACGGAUCUUGCUCAGCUUGAUGGUCUGCCUGUUUCUGAUGGCGGUGUUAUCAAGAACGCUGCUGGUCAGAUUGUUGGCCGCAUUGUUGAGGGUGAUCCAGAAGAUCUCAUUGGAUAUACCCUCAAUGAUGAUGGUGAAAUUGUCGAUGAGGAUGGCGAUGCCAUUGGUCGUGUCGAUCUCAUCCCUGUCGAGGAGCAGAAGAAGGCCAUUGAAGAAGCUACUGGCGAUGUCGCCGACAAGGCUGAUGGCGCCAAAGAUGACCUCGAAGAUCAGUAUGAAGAUGCUGAGGAUGGCCUUCCCACCGAUCAGGUUAAGGACGCUGCUCCCGAUGCCGAAGGCACCGUCGACCAGGCCAAGUCCACUGCCGAAGAUGUCGCUUCUGACGCCGAAGACGCUGUCUCUGACGUUGACGAUGAUGCCGUUCCAGACGUUGAUGACGCCAAGAAGACCGUUGAUGGCACUGUCGAUGAUGCCAAAGACACUGCCGAAGACGGAAAGAUCGAGCUCGAAGACAAGGUCGACGAUGCCAAAGAUAUCGCCGAGGGUGCAGCCGAUGAUGCUCAAGACACUCUUGACGGAGCGAAGGACGCCGUGGAUGGGACUGCCGAAGAUGCCCAAGAUAACCUCGAAGACACCGCCGAAGAGGCGAAAGAUGGCGCCGAAGGUGCGGCAGAAGACGCCCAGGACACCCUCGAUGACGCCAAGGAGACAGCUGAGGAGACAGCCGAGGAUGCAGCCGACGAAGUCCAGCAGGAGCUUCCCGAUCUCUCGACCCUCGAAGGCCUCAGCUGCAACAAGCGCGGCUACAUCAUCGACCAAGCAACCGGCAAGCCAGUCGGCGAGCUCACCGAAGGCGAUGCCAAGAAAAUCGCCAAGCUCGGCGCCACCCUCGAUGACAAGGGUCAGUUCUGGGAUAACCGUGGCAACGUUAUCGGAAAGGCAAAGACGCUCCCCAUCGAAGAAGACGACGACGAAGAAGGUCCGUUCUCCGGAUUGGAGGGUCUAGUCGUUGGCGAAGACGGCUUCAUCGAGGACGAGAACUCCACCCGCGUCGGACGUCUUGUCGAAGGUGACGCGAAGAAGCUUAGCGGCCGUGGCGUUGAUGAGGAUGGUGAAAUCCUCGACCGCAAGGGUAACGUCAUUGGUCGGGCUGAGCGGCUCGAACCUGAAGAGGAGGAGCCCGAGGAGGCUGGGCCUGAUUUCUCUGCUGUCAAUGGCCUGACUUGCAACAAAGCCGGAUAUGUCAUCGGUCCUGAAGGUUACCCCAUUGCUCGUGUUGUUGAGGGUAAUCCCAAGGAACUCGCCGGGAAGAAGAUCGAGGAUGGCGAGAUCUACGAUGGCAAGAAAGUUGUUGGUCGUGUUGAGCUCAUUCCUGAUGAUGAGCUUGAUAGUCGACCUGAAGGUGUCUUCGCUGGCAUGGAAAGUCUAUAUGUCACCAAGGAUGGAUUCGUCGAAGACGACGAAGGAUCCAUUGUCGGUAAGCUUGUCGAAGGAGACCCCAAGAAGCUUCGUGGUCGUGCCGUCGAUGAGGAUGGUGAGAUCACGGAUAAGUACGGCAAUGUCAAGGGCCGAGCUGAGCCUUAUGAGGUCCCCGAGGAGGAAGAGGAAGUCCCCGAGGAGGUGGAUCUUUCUAUCCUCGAGGGCAAGGUUGUGAACAAGUCCGGCAACGUUGUUGAUCCCGCCACUGGUGCUGUCGUCGGACGCAUUGUCGAAGGUGACAAGCGCCUCGCUGGUCGUAAGGUCGACGGCAAGGGCCAGAUCUGGGGCGACAACGGCCAAAUUAUCGGUCGUGCCGAACUGAUUCCCGGAGCUGAAGAGAACAAGGCUGAGGGACCUUUCUACGGCUUCGACAACGCAACCGUCGGCAAGGACGGAGUUGUCCUGGACGGCGAGAAGAUCAUCGGCCGCCUUAUUGAAGGCGAUGCGAAGCGUCUCCUCGGCCGAAAGGUCGAUGAGGACGGUGAUGUCGUCGACAAGAACGGCAACACGAUCGGCAAGGCCGAGCGCUGGGAACCAGAGGAGAAGAAGCGAGAUGUGAACCCCAUGUCUGGUCGCAAAGUCAACAAGGAGGGCGAAGUCCGCGACGCUGAUGGUAACCUUAUCGGCAAGCUGACCCACGGCAACCUGGCCACCCUUGUUGGCAAGGUCAUCGACGACAACGGAUACGUUGUUGACAACGAUGGCAACAAGAUUGGCGAGUGCACCUUGCUCGAGAACAUUCCUGAGCCCGAGCCUGAGCCCGAGCCUGAGGUCGAGGAAGAAGGUCCCUCAGCUGAAGAGCAAGAGGCCGCCGCGAAGGCCGAGUCUGAUCGCCAACUUGCUGAGAAGAUGAUCUUCAUCCUCAGACAGACUCUUGAUCAAAUCAAGCCCGUUUGCAAGCAGAUCACAGAUGUAAGUUUCUACUCCCCAAAGCAGGAUGAAAUCAUUUUACUAACAAUCCACAAGGCCAUCGAGAAAGCCGACCGAACCCCCAAGGAUGAACUCGACGAAGAAAAGCUCGUCCAACAAGUCAAGCCCUUGCUCGAGGAAGGCGGCCGUAUCCUGCAGGAAUGCAACGGCUCAAUCCGCGCCCUUGAUCCCGACGGACGCAUCGCUGCGACUGCCAAGGCCCGCGCCGCAUCCCGCGAUGCCACGCCAGAGGAGUACCAGCUUGCAGACCUGCUUAAGGAACUCACUGAGACGGUUGUGAAGACGAUCGAUAACGGCAAGAAGCGUAUUGCUGAUAUGCCUCACGCCAAGAAGAAGCUGAGCCCCCUUUGGGCUUUGCUUUCUGAGCCUUUGUUCCAAAUCAUUGCUGCCGUUGGUUUGUUGUUGACUGGUGUGCUUGGACUUGUUGGUCGUCUUCUUGAUGGUCUUGGUCUUGGUGGAUUGUUGAAUGGCUUGCUUGGUAGUCUUGGAUUGAACAAGUUGAUUGAUGGACUUGGUCUGGGCAGUUUGACUGAUGCUCUCGGACUCGGUGGGAAGAAAUAA